CAACAGAGCCAUACCUGUGACCUACAACCAGCCGCCACCCUCCAUGCCCAACACAAACUUACCCCCACCAGGGAUGCCCCUUCACCCACAGUUUGGGACAGCCAUGCCUCACUUUGAUUCGUACUACCCGCCUACUAUCCCCGGUCAAGCACCCCAGGUUUAUGGCGGCAACUUUCCACCAACAUUCCCUCCUCCAUUUGCUGAUCCGAACCCACCUCCAGUCACUACUCAACCACACUGGGAACCCAGCUUUCAUGGCAGAGACAGAUGGGAGCUGAACCGCCCUGACCAUGUAAGGAGUGAGCCUCCUCGUAGGGACGAUGAUUACGACAGCAGAAUGUUUCGAGAAAGAGAUCGCGACAGAGAACGUGACUGGGACCGAGAGAAAGAUCGUGAAUGGGAGAGGGGCACGGAGAGAAGUCGAGACAGAGACAGGGAGCCAGAAAGGAACCGGGACAGGGACCGCAGCAGAGAGCCAGAAAGGAACCGGGACAGGGAUCGCAGCAGAGAGCGGGACAGAAGCCGGGACCGCAGCAGGGAUAGAAACAGAAGUAAAGAUAAGGACCGGGAUCGUGAACGCAAUCGAGACAGGGACAGAGAGAGGUCCAAGUCCAAGGAGAGGGAUACCUCACGCAACAGAGACCAGGAGAGAGGCAGGGAUACAACACGAGGCAGGGACAGAGAUGAUAAACACAAGUCCUCACGCAGGAAACAUCGGGACAGAGAUCACGAUGAGUCUGACACAGAAUCAACCAGAAGUUCCAGCAAGCAUAAGAAGAGCAAACGAAGGAAGGAAAGCAAGGAUGAGGAGACACCGGCACCAGCCACUACAGAUGAGAAAGCCCGGGACUAA